CCCGCCCCUCCCGCCGCAACCAGCGGGGCGCGGGGCUGGGCAGGCGCGGGCGGGGCCGGGGCCAUGCUGGGCAAGGACUACAUGCUGGCCAUCGUCCUCGUCAACUGCGACGACAACCUCUGGAGUGACCAAAACCUGGAGACGGACCCUGACCUCCCCCCGGGCUGGAGGAAAAUCCGUGAUUCUCUGGGCACCUACUACUGGCAUGUGCCAAGCGGCACGACGCAAUGGCAUCACCCUGCACACACCACCAGCCCAGGAGGGCGCCCGGAGGCUGAUGGAGAGGAGACACUUCAGGGAGUGGACGGCCAGGCCCCCACGGUGAAUCACUCAGCUAAGGACAGGCCCAUUCCCAGCCCUAUGGCUUCGCUGUCCCGGAGGUCCUCGUUACCCUGGCAUGGAGAGGACUUCCAGCAUAGCACAGACCCUGGCUCCAAGUGUUUUGCUGUGCGGUCACUGGGCUGGGUGGAGAUCCCCGAGGAGGACCUGGCACCUGGGAAAAGCAGCAUCGCUGUCAACAACUGCAUCCAGCAGCUCUCCAACAGCAAGGGCCAGGGCUCUGCGGAGAACGGGGGCGAGGGCCAGGACCUGGUGAUGAUCCUGAAGAAGGACACCAUGAGCCUGGUGGAUCCCCUUGACCACAGCCUCGUCCACCGCCAGCCCAUCCUCAACAUCCGCGUCUGGGGUGUUGGCUGCAACAACGGCAGGGACAGAGACUUUGCCUUCGUGGCCAGUGACAAGGACACCUGCGUCCUCAAGUGUCACGUCUUCCACUGCAACGUGCCCGCCAAGGGCAUUGCGAAGGCCCUGCAUGAGAUGUGUUCCAAGAUCGUGGCUGAGCGAGCCGUAGCGAGCAGCAGGAUGCCACGCGCCGCCACGCUGGAGCCCAUCUCCACCAAGGAUCUGCCACUGCAAGUGGAUAUCCUGGAAGCGGUGAGGCAGUCGAUGCAGACCUACGAGGCGCUGUACAUCGGCAGCCUGCCCGUGCCCAGGGCCAUGGGGAUGGAUGUGCUGAACGAAGCCAUCGAGAAGCUGACGAGGGGCCCCGGGCGGGAGCACUGGACGCCCUCCGUCAUUCACGUGUCCGACACGGCCAUGAGGGUGCGCCCUGCGCAGGAGGACGAGGAGGCCGCGCACAUCUGGGAGUGCCAAGUGCGGUACGUGACCUUCCUGGGCGUGGGCCGCGACGCGCACACCUUCGCGCUCAUCGUGGACACGGGGCGGCGCUUCCAGUGCGCGGCGUUCUGGUGCGAACCCGACGCCGGCGGCGUCUCGGAGGCGGUGCAGGCGGCCUGCAUGGUGCAGUACCAGCGGUGCCUGCUGGCGGCGCCGGGCGCCGGGAAGGCUGCGGGGCGGGGUGGCGGCGCCCGGCGGGGGCGGGGGCUGCUGUCGCUGCUGGAGCCGCUGCGGCCCCGCCGGGCGCUGCCCCACACCCCGUAGCGCCCGGGCGGGGGGCGGGGGGGGGGGGGAACGCGGCCGCCACCCCCUCCCCGCCCCGGCCCGGCCUCGGGGGCGGCGCCAGCGCAACGGGCGGCGCCCGGCGACGUGGCGGCAUGGCGGGGCCCUCCGUGAGACCGGGGAACCCGGAGCGCGGCUGGAACGACCCCCCCCAGUUCUCCUACCGGCUGCAGGCGCGGGGCGGGGGCUCUGGGCGCCCCCCGCUCACCCGCCGGCCCCCCCCCGCCGCCCGCGGGGACCCC